GUCCAUGAUAACAUGUAGUUUGAGUCGGCAUGUAAUAUUACUUUAUUCUGAUAGAUUUUUUUAUGGAAGUAUUCAUAUAUUAUCUAUUUAAAGUUACUAAAAAACUUUUUUAAUAUUAAAAAAUAGUAUACAACUAAUUAUAUAAUUAUCAUAUAAAUAACAAUAAGAAAUAACAAUGUUCUUUUUUUUCUUUUCACAAUUUUUCAAAAAUAAAAUAUUGGGAUUAUUAUUAUUAUUAGUUUAUUCUUUUCUUCUUACUGAAGCAGUUAUUAGAGAUGUAUUUAAAACAUGUGAACAAAGUAGCUUCUGCAGACGUUGUAGAAAAGUUGAACCUGGAAAAACUCCUUAUCAACUUUUAACAGAUACAUUGGUUCAAAAUGAAUCUAGUAUAACUGUGGAUUUGUUUAAUAAAGAUACGAAAGUUUUUUAUAUAUUGAAAUUAACUGCAUUAAAGGACAGUACAUUUAGACUCCAUAUCAAUGAAAAAAAUCCUUUACAUCAGAGAUAUGAACCUGAAUAUGCUCUUCAAGAUCAACCACAAACAUCUAAAUUAAUUUUAAUUGAAAAAACUACAGAUCAUGUAAUUGUAACAAGUGGAGAAAACAAAGUUAUAUUAUAUGCUACUCCAUUUAGAGUUGAUUUAUAUUCUCAGAAUAUAUUAGUUAUAUCUGCAAAUGCAAGAGGUCUCAUGAGAUUUGAACAUCAUCGUGUAAAACCUAAGAAACCAGAUCAAGAUGCUGAAAAUGCUAAAAAUGUUGAAUUAACUGACAACAAUAAAACUUCUGGUGAUGGUGCAGAUGAUGAUCCAGGUGCUUGGGAAGAAAGUUUUAAAACUCAUCAUGAUUCAAAACCUUUUGGUCCAGAAGCAGUUGCUUUAGAUUUCAGCUUUCCUGGAGCUGAGCAUACAUAUGGCAUACCAGAACAUGCAGAUUCUUUUGCUCUAAAAUCUACAAAACAUGCUCAUCCUUAUAGAUUAUACAACUUAGAUGUAUUUGAAUAUGAAGUUAACGAAAGAAUGUCACUUUAUGGAGCAAUACCUGUUCUCUAUGCUCAUGGUAAAGAAAGAACAACUGGUAUUUUCUGGCAUAAUACUGCAGAAACAUGGAUUGAUAUUUUAUCAAGUGCUGAUAAUAAUGUCGUAGAAAGUAUUGUAAACUUUGUAUCAGGAUCUACAAAAAAAUCACAAGUGGAUGCUCAUUUCAUGUCAGAAUCUGGUGUAAUAGAUAUAUUCUUUAUGUUAGGCCCUAAACCUCUAGAUGUAUUUAAACAGUACACAACAUUAACAGGUACAUCGCCUUUGCCACAAAUGUUUGCUUUAGGAUAUCAUCAAUGUCGUUGGAAUUACAAUGAUCAAGAUGAUGUUAUACAAAUAGCAGAAAAUUUUGAUGUACAUGAUUUACCUUUAGAUGUUAUGUGGCUUGAUAUUGAAUACACUGAUAGUAAAAAAUAUUUUACUUGGGACGAACGAAGAUUCUCAAAUCCUGUUGAAAUGAUACAUAAUUUAACUGCGAAAGGUAGAAAAUUGGUUGUAAUUAUAGAUCCACAUAUUAAACGUGAUCCCAGUUACUUUUUGCAUAAUGAUGCUACAAAAAUGGGUUAUUAUAUUAAAACAAGAGAUGGAAAAGAUUAUGAAGGCUGGUGUUGGCCAGGAUCAUCUUCAUAUUUGGACUUUUUUGAUCCAGCAGUUCGAGAAUAUUAUAUCAAUCAAUAUAGUUUAGAUAAAUUUCAUGGUACUACUAAUGAUGUAUAUAUCUGGAACGAUAUGAAUGAACCAAGUGUGUUUAACGGUCCUGAAGUAACUAUGCCUAAAGAUGUAAUCCAUUAUGGUGGUUGGGAACAUAGAAAUGUUCAUAAUAUUAAUGGACUUCUUAUGAGUAUGGCCACAUAUGAAGCUUUAUUUAGAAGAUCAGGAGGUUCAUUACGGCCAUUUAUAUUAACAAGAUCUUUUUUUGCUGGUUCACAACGUUAUACAGCUAUGUGGACUGGUGAUAAUACAGCUGAUUGGGAUCAUUUACGUAUUUCUUAUCCAAUGUGUCUUUCUCUAGCUGUAUCUGGAAUGUCAUUCUGUGGGGCAGAUGUUAGUGGUUUCUUUAAAAACCCAGAUUCUGAAUUAUUUAUUAGAUGGAAUCAAGCUGGAGCCUGGCUUCCUUUUUAUCGUCAACAUUCUCAUAUUGAAACUAAACGUCGUGAACCUUGGUUAUUCAACGAAGAAACUACUCAAAUAGUAAGAGAGGCUUUCAGAAUGAGAUAUUCAUAUUUGCCAUUGUGGUAUACACUCUUUCGAGAACAUGAAGUAAAUGGUACACCUGUAAUACGACCUUUAUGGGCUCAUUAUCCAAGUGAAACUGAAACAUAUGCUAUCGAUGAUGAAGUAUUAAUUGGAGAUUCUAUUCUUGUACGUCCAGUCUUUCAACCAUCAGUUACAGAUGUUAAUGUAUAUUUCCCUGGAGAAGGCAAAAUUAUUUGGUAUGAUGUUGAUACUAUGCAACCAUACUAUCAACCAGGUUUAGUUAAUAUUCCAGUAACUCUUCAUAAGAUUCCGGUAUUUCAAAGAGGAGGUUCUAUUAUUUCACGUAAAAUGAGGAUACGUCGUAGCACAGUCGCAAUGAAGAAUGAUCCUUAUACUUUAAUAGUUAUCACAGAUUCUGCUGGUAAAGCUAAUGGAACAUUGUAUAUCGAUGAUGAAGUUAGCUUUGAAUAUCGUCAUGGAAAAUACUUAUAUUUAAGUUUCAAUUUUGAAGAAAAUACAUUAACUUCAACUUUUAUAGAUAAAUUAUCUUCAUAUCAGACAGAAAGCUGGUUAGAAAGAGUGGAUAUUGCCAAUCCACCUAAAGGGGUCAAAUCUGCUGUAUUAAAUUCACGCAGUUUGACAAAAAUUACUUUAGAAACUAAAUACAAUCCAAAUAACAAUGUAUUAACUAUACGUAAACCAAGUGUAAAUAUGGGAGAAGAAUGGACUAUUGAAUUAAUCCAUUAAAGUUAGAAUUAUACUCAUCAUGGAUUUAGUAAUCAUACAUUAAUGCCAAUUUUUUAUUAUUCACGUACUUUUCUCAACUAAGUGUGAUCAAAAUGUCAUUAUACACUAUAACAACAUAGAAUUAAUGUAAAUGAUAUAUCAAAUAGUUUAACAAAUUAAUUAUUUUUUAUUAAUUAAAUAAUAGACAAUGUAAAAUUAUUAUUCAAUCUGUAAAGUUUAUAAUUAUGCGUAUUAAUUUUGAUAAAAUAUGUAUGAUUCCAAAUUCUUCCGCAAAACUUUACCACAUUCUAUAAAAAGUAAAAAUAAGAAAAAAAUAUUAUAUAAACAUAUGCUUAUAAAUAUUUUACUAAAAACUUAUAACAAAAAUACAAAAUAAUAUCCAAUUGAAUUCUUUGUUCAAUAACAGAUAAAUUAUUAUUUAUAUUAUAGUUCAAUUUUAAAAUAUUCAUUAUUAUCAGUGCAAACUAUCAUCUAAAAAUUUAAUUUAUUACAUGAUUAAUUUGAUUUUCCUUAUACAUAAAUUAAAUAGAUAUUGCAUAUUUAUUUAUAAAUUAAAAUUAAUAAACAAUAAACAAUUUGAUAUUUUUCUUUAAGGAAAUCUUUAUAAUAUUCCCUUAUUUGAUAGAGCAUUUGCAUAAAUUUACAUAAAAAUAAAAUGAUGAAUAUCUUUACGAUUCAAAAAUACUUGCAGCAUAUUGAGAUGAAAUUUUAUGUAUCACAUAUUAUUAGUUUUAACUUUGACACAAACCACAUUAUAUAUACUUCUGCAGUAAAUAUAAAAUUUAUAUAAAUA